CCGAGGAGCAACGAUUCGCUUGGUGCUGGCGUUCUGCGGAGAAAUUGACCCCGGAUUUUCGGGCAAGAUUUCGGCCAAUCAAAUCAUGAGUCGAGAAGUGCGGAGUCGAACCAUGACGCCGAAACAACGGACAUCAAGCCGUCUUGGGUGUGGCUCAAAGGAUUGUCUAUGCAGUACCAGACCUCCGCCCUCGCCAUCGCCUUUUCGCGAUGGAUAAAUAAUGAAUGUGAAUGUCAUGUUCUGUUGACACUUCCUUCAUGCCUGUCCGGACUCAAUCGCCUUGAAGCAAGUUUGUGCAGAGAGGCUCAUUGAAAUCAUGCGUUCUAGGACUUUUUGCGGCUUAGCCGUUGCAUUGGGUCUCGCACACACCACAACCGCGGCCACAGCCGGCAAUGCCAGCGAAUUGCGCAUGAACCAGAUCCAAGUCGUCGGCACGCACAACAGCUACCACAGAGAGAUCAGCUACGCAGAACGCACCGUGUUUGAGAAAUUCGUGCCCGGUUUUCAAAAUCUUUAUUACUCGCAUGCAAAAUGGGCCGAUCAGUUCGAUCAUCAGGCCGUUCGCUCUGGCGAGAUUGAUCUCCAUUCAGAUACAGUUGGGGGGUUGUAUGCACAGCCUUUGAUCUGGAAGUUGUCGAACCUCACCAACGAGACCAUCCCGUGGCGUGAUGACAACAUGCUCAAGCCAGGUCUGAAGGUUUUCCACGUGACAGAUUUAGAUACAAAUUCUAUCUGCUACACCUUCGUAGAGUGCUUACAACAGCUCAAAGCGUGGUCUGACGAUCAUCCCAAUCACUUACCUCUCACCUUUGAUUUGGAGCUUAAGACCGAUGCUUUUGCAUGCGCUGUUGGAGGCGUUUGUGCCGACGAGGCUAAGGACUGGACACUGGAUCGCAUCCUGAAUAUCGACAAAGAGAUCCGAUCUGUCCUUUCCGCAGAGAAGCUGAUCGUUCCUGACGAUGUUCGUCGCGACGGGCUUACUCUUGAGCAGUCCAUUUUGCAGCACGGCUGGCCGACCCUUGGCGCGUCGCGUGGGAAGUUCAUGUUCUACUUCGACAACGAGCCCAGCACUUCAAUCCGCAACCUGUACACCGCCAACGGUCACGAAUCUCUUCAAAAUCGCACUGUCUGGACAAACUCCAACGAAGGAUCUGCCGACGCCGCUUUCAUCAAAUACAACAAUCCUAACGUAACCGAGAUUCAACGUCUGGUCCGGAAGGGCUACUUCAUUCGCACUCGAGCCGAUGAUCCGAUCGCCACUGUUCUUUCUCGCAACACCACCACCCGCGACAAUGCCUUCCUUAGCGCAGCCCAGAUCGUCAGCACUGACUUUCCGCAGUAUGGCAUGUCGGCACGAUGGGAUUGGGACUAUGCAGUUCAGCUUGAGGGCGGCAAGGUUGCUAGAUGUAACCCGGUCAGCGCACCGGCGUGGUGCAGAGAUGAGAUGCUCAGGGAUACUCCGGACAACACUUAUACCCGUUACCGACCUUGGUGGCCGUUUUGAUCGGGUCUCAAUUUACAGAGCUCUAUCAGAGGGGAUCCGUGGGUGCCUAGUGAUCGUCUGAUCGAAGGAUGAUUACGCAUCACAAGUUGAAGCU